CUACUAACUGGGACAUCACUGUCUAUGCAGCCGAGCUCCGCCAUUACCAACAUUCAAAGAGACUCAGCUCCAAUUUUCAGCCAUACAAAACACGCCUUUGCCUGCCAUUUAUAUUAUUCCCACCGAGGAGCAAAUGAAUACUGCAAGUGUAAAACAAAAAUGAACACUGAAAUACAAUGGAAAUUUACAAGUGAAUAUCUCGGGCUAACAUUCAGUUUUAUCAGGCGGUGACAACCUUCUACGACUCAGUAACAACCUCACCAAAAGAGUACAUGAGUGCCUUUACUUGCAUAAGUGAAAUACACAUAAAAGGACAACGAGCGGGACACAUCAGCACAGAGACAGACACAGAGGUGAUAGGUCCUGGAAGCCAUAUACAAUUAUAGUGAAAAUAUUAAAAGCAGAAGCAUUAACUCCUUGUAAGGCAUAAGAUUAACUCCACUGCUGAUCCGUCGGGAGCACUUCAGUCUUUAAUUCCUCGUUAAGAAUGGGAAAAAGAAGCAUCUAUGGCACUUUAAGUAUCAAAGGAAAUCACCUCUCAAACUUUCUACUAAAGAGAGUCUGCAGUUAUUGGUUAAGACUCUGAGCGCCGCUGUUCACCAAUCAGGGAGAGAAAUGUGUCGAGAGAUCCAGCCAGCCCAGAGCCGCCGCCGCACAGCUCGGAGCACAGAGAGCUCAGACUUUCGCUUGCUCAGGACUGACUCUCGGUGCAGGCUAUUCGCUGAAAUCGGCUGAAAAAUUAGCACCUGAUAUUGUCGGAAACAAUCGGCCCUACAACACCUCCAAGCAGCAACUCUCGGCGGCGGAGAGGCAGUGGAUCCUCCGGAUCGCCAUGGCCAGUUCCGGAGCACAAGGGCUGCGGCGCUGCGCAGGGCGAGCCGUGCUGUGCUGCGUGGUGCUGACCGUGUGCGGGGCCGCUGCGGCCGGGCAGAUUCGCUACUCGAUCCCCGAGGAAAUGCAGAAAGGCUCUUUCGUGGGCAACAUCGCGCAGGACUUGGGACUGGAGGCCAAGGAGCUGUCGGAGCGCGGCGUGCGUGUGAUUUUCAGAGGUAGGACGCAGUAUUUCGCUUUGAACGCAAAAAGCGGCCAUUUAAUCACGGCGGAGCGGCUAGACAGGGAACAGCUGUGCGGCCGAGCCGAGAAGUGUCUGCUGAACUGCGAGGUUAUAGUGGAGCAUGAAAUGAAGCUGUAUGGAGUGGAAGUCGAAAUCACAGAUAUAAACGACAACGCUCCAAGCUUCCAAACAGGGGAAAUGGAAUUAAAAGUCAGUGAGACAACAGCCCCAGGAUCCCGGUUCCACUUGCGCAAUGCGCAGGAUCCAGAUUUGGGGACUAAUUCUCUCCAGAGCUACAAACUGAGCAGUAACGAACAUUUCUCCCUGAAAGUGCAAACUGCAUCUGGGGGUUUUAAAUACCCCGAAUUAGUGCUCGAGAAGCCCCUGGACCGGGAAGAGCAGGCUACUCACGACCUCAUCCUCACCGCCACUGACGGCGGAGAUCCUGUCCGCUUCGGCACGGCGCGGAUCCACGUGGUGGUGCUCGAUGCCAAUGACAACGCGCCCGUGUUCAGCCAGCCGCUCUACCGCGUGAGCGUGCGGGAGAACGUGCCCGUCGGGACCACGGUGGCUACAGUGAAAGCCACGGAUCUGGACGAAGGAGUUAGCGGAGACGUGAUAUACUCCUCGCAAAUCACAGACCAGGCUUCCCAAGUAUUCCAGUUGGACUCUAGGACCGGAGAUAUAACGGUCUUCAGGAACCUGGACUUCGAGGAAACCAAAUUAUAUGAAAUGCAGCUGCAAGCACACGACGGGGGAGGCCUCUUCGACAGGUCGAAGGUCGAGAUCUCUGUCAGCGACGUGAACGAUAACAUCCCCGAGAUUAGGAUCACCUUCCCCCUCAGCUCCGUCCCCGAGGACUCCCCGCCGGGGACCGUGAUCGCCCUCUUGAUCGUGCAGGACCAGGACUCCGGAGAGAACGGCGCCGUCACAUGCACCAUCCCGGACCACGUCCCCUUCCGGCUGCAGAAAUCCGUGGACAACUACUACAGCCUGGUGACGGCCAGGGACCUGGACCGGGAGCAGGUGGCGGAUUACAACGUGACGGUCACGGCCCGGGACCGCGGGGCGCCGCCGCUGUGGUCCGCCACGACGAUCGCCGUGCAGGUGUCGGACGUGAACGACAACGCGCCGGCCUUCAGCCAGGCGGCCUACAGCGUGUGGGUGAGCGAGAACAACGCCCGCGGCGCCUCGGUGUUCUGCGCGCGGGCGGCCGACGCGGACUGGGGCGACAACGCCCGGGUGACGUACUGGCUGGCGGAGGGCGAGCUGCAGGGCGCGCCGCUGUCGUCGUGGCUGUCGGUGCAGGCGGAGAGCGGCGCGGUGCAUGCGCUGCGCGCCCUGGACUACGAGCAGGUGCGCGAGAUCCGCUUCGCCGUGGAGGCGCGGGACGGCGGGUCGCCGCCGCUGCGCAGCAGCGCCUCGGUCACGCUGCUGGUGCUGGACCAGAACGACAACCGGCCCGAGAUCCUGUACCCGGCGGCGCCCCGCGACGGCUCGACGGGCGUGGAGCUGGCGCCGCGCUCGGCCGAGCCGGGCUACCUGGUGACCAAGGUGGUGGCGGUGGACGCGGACGCGGGGCAGAACGCCUGGCUGUCGUACGAGCUGCUCAAGGCCAGCGAGCCGGGGCUCUUCGCGCUGGGCGUGCACACGGGCGAGAUCCGCACGGCGCGCGCCCUGGGCGACAGGGACGCGCUCAAGCACCGCCUGGUGGUGGGCGUGCGGGACAACGGGCAGCCGCCGCUGUCGGCCAGCGUCACGCUCACGGUGGCCGUGGCCGACAGCAUCCCCGAGCUGCUGGCCGACCUGGGCAGCCUGGCGGCGCCGGCGGCCGAGGCGCAGGCCAGCCUCACCUUGUACCUGGUGGUGGCCGUGGCCGCCGUGUCGUGCCUCUUCCUCGCCUUCCUCAUCGUGCUGCUGGGCCUGCGGCUGCGCCGCUGGCGGCAGGCGCAGCUGCUGGGCUCGGCCGGCGGCGCCCUGGCCGGGGUGCCCGUCUCGCACUUCGCGGGCAUCGACGGCGUCCGCGCUUUCCUGCACUCCUACUCCCAGGACGUGUCUCUCACGGCCGGCUCCAGGAAGAGCCAGUGGAGCUUCGGCCCGCCCAGCUCUGCCGGCACCCUGGCUCGGCCGCCGGCGGGACAGGGCAAGGAGCCUGCCCCGGUGGUUGAGGACUCAAAUAUGUGUGAGGCGGACCAGGCUGCGCUGCAGGUGAGCCGACGUUUUUGUACCUUAUGACUUCUCUUAGUUGGUCUUGGCGAGUAGCCGUAGAUAUGUUGAAACUUCUUGACUAGGGGAAGGCCUUUUUACGUGUGAUUCGGAACGAAUGUUGAGGACACCAUUCCUUUGAGUCUAUGGCUUU